GUGACCGUUGUAGGGCCGAGGUUCGGUGGCGGGAGGUUGGCGGGCUCAUGGAGCAGCCCCGGGGCCUCGAGGAGACCACGGCCUCCGAAAGGAUGGAGGAAGAGGAGGAGGAAGACGAAGAGGAGGACGACAACCUGGAUCUCUUCGGGGGCUACGACAGCUUCAGGGGUUACAAUAGCAGCUUGGGCAGCGAAAGCAGCUCCUACCUGGACGAGUCCAGUGAAAAUGAGCUGGAGGAUCGGGAGGCCGGAGAGUUGCCCAUUUCCCCCCUGCAGUUGCCCCCUCCGGUUGCCAGCCGCCUGAUGGAAGAUAAUGGUUCUGAGCCAGCCCCUCUUUCUUUCCCACCAAGCCCAGGUGGGGGAAAUGGAAUAUGGGUCUUCAUGAAUCCCCUUGCACAAGCCGUCUGUGAGAUGUGUGGCAUCGUGGGCACACGGGAAGCCUUCUUCUCCAAGACGAAGCGCUUCUGCAGCGUCUCCUGCUCCAGGAGCUACUCCUCAAAUUCCAAGAAAGCCAGUAUCCUGGCCAGGCUACAGGGGAAGCCACCCACCAAGAAAGCCAAAGUUUUACAUAAGGCAGCCUGGUCUGCCAAAAUUGGAGCCUUCCUCCACUCCCAGGGAACUGGGCAACUGGCAGACGGGACUCCCACUGGACAGGACGCUCUGGUCCUGGGCUUCGACUGGGGCAAGUUCCUGAAGGAGCACAGUUACAAAGCCGCUCCGGUCAGCUGCUUCAAACACGUCCCGCUGUUUGACCAAUGGGAGGAUGUAGUGAAAGGGAUGAAAGUGGAGGUGCUGAACAAUGACGCCGUCCUACCCAGCCGGGUGUACUGGAUCGCCUCUGUCAUCCAGACCGCAGGGUACCGGGUCCUGCUGCGAUACGAAGGCUUCGAGAACGAUGCCAGCCACGACUUCUGGUGUAACCUGGGCACCGUGGACAUCCACCCCAUCGGCUGGUGUGCCAUCAACAGCAAGAUCCUGGUGCCUCCUCAGACCAUCCAUGCCAAAUACACGGACUGGAGGAGCUACCUCAUGAAGCGCUUGGUGGGGUCCAGGACCAUCCCGGUGGAUUUCCACAUCAAGAUGGCCGAGAGCAUGAAGUACCCAUUCCGUCAGGGCAUGCGAGUGGAGGUGGUGGAUAAGGCCCACGUGUCCCGGACGCGCAUGGCCGUGGUGGACACGGUGAUCGGGGGCCGCCUCCGGCUGCUCUACGAGGACGGGGACAGCGACGACGACUUCUGGUGCCACAUGUGGAGCCCCCUGAUCCACCCGGUGGGCUGGUCCCGGAGGGUUGGCCACAGCAUCAAGAAAUCAGAAGAUAAGCGCAAUGACAUGGCCAACCACCCCACCUUCCGGAAGAUCUACUGCGACGCCGUCCCCUACCUCUUCAAAAAGGUGCGCGCCGUCUACACCGAGGGCGGCUGGUUCGAGGAGGGGAUGAAGCUGGAGGCCAUCGACCCCCUGAAUCUGGGCAACAUCUGCGUGGCCACUGUCUGCAAGGUCCUCCUGGACGGGUACCUCAUGAUCUGCAUCGAUGGUGCCACCUCGGCCGACGGCUCCGACUGGUUCUGUUACCACGCCUCCUCCCACGCCAUCUUCCCUGCCACCUUCUGCCAGAAGAACAACAUCGACCUGACUCCCCCGAAAGGGUAUGACGCGAAGACCUUUGACUGGAUGGCGUACCUGGAGAAGACCAAAUCGAAACCUGUGCCCGCGCGGCUCUUCAACACGGACUGCCCCAACCACGGCUUCAAGGUGGGCAUGAAGCUGGAGGCGGUGGACCUGAUGGAGCCCCGGCUGAUCUGCGUGGCCACGGUGAAGCGGGUGGUGCAGCGGCUGCUCAGCAUCCACUUCGACGGCUGGGACAGCGAAUACGACCAGUGGGUGGACUGCGAGUCCCCAGAUAUCUAUGCCGUGGGCUGGUGCGAGCUGACGGGCUACCAGCUCCAGCCCCCCGUGGCCGCAGGGUCUGCAGCUGCGCUUCCCAGCUUCUCUCAGCUUCAACUCGCAGAGCCCAGCGCCCCGAUGAAGGUGAAGGAGGUGAUGAAGAAGAAAAAGAAGCCGUAUGGGAAGAAAAGGAAAAGGAUGUCGGCCAAGACCCGUUCCCUUAAACAGUCGUCCAAGAAGCCGGUGUCUGCCAAGGCAAAGCGGGAGCCAAAGGCUGCCAGGAAGUCCAGAGCCGGGCCACGGCCGGAUGAGAUCAUCGCCGUGCGCGUGAAGGAGGAGACCGUCGACCCCACGGCGCCGGAGGCUGCCGUGACAGAACUCCCGGUCCCCAUCGACCGCAUCAAACAGGAGGAAGAGGACGGAGGGGCCAGUUGACGCUCCCUGGCACCCCGGACCCCUCCUGGGCUGGAGCUGGCCGGCAGUUGUAGACUGAGACGGGAGGAGAGAGGGGCUGGGAACCCACCUCCCUUGCCCUCCGCUCUUUUAUUUUUGUAAAGAAAGAGGAUUCAUUUUGAAUAUGAACUGAGAGGUGGACGAAGGACCCUGCGGCCGAAAGGGAGGGCCGGCACUGGAACCUCUCUCCCCUCCCUUCCCUGCCAUUGCCCUACGGAGCCCCCGUUGUGCCAGCGGAGGCAGGCAGGUGAGUCUUGCGAGGAGCCAGGACUGUGGGGAUCAAUUACCGAGCCGGGGCCUCGGAAACCCCCGCACGCGAAUACCCACACGCUCCUUUCAAUCAAGGCAGUUGGUUGUUGGAAGGGGAGCAAUAGGGGUGUGUGGGGGCUUGGAGGGGGCGUUGAUCUCAGGAUCUGACUUCGGUGUAGCCAUGUAAAUAAACGUGUGA